AUGCCUUUAGCUGCAGCCGGCCAAUUCCGCGCCGUGGCCUCUUUAACCCGCAACCUCGAAUCCUGCCGUAACAUAAUAACCAAAACCGUCGCCGCAGGUGCCAAAAUCCUCUUCCUCCCGGAAGCAUCCGACUACAUCCCCAUCUCCGCCUCCGAAUCUCUAAAACUUGUCAAACCGAUCGAAACCAGCGAGUUCGUCUUGGGACUCCAGGAGUCCGCAAAACAACAUAAAUUACCCAUAUGUGUUGGAAUUCACGAACCUGUCGCUGGAGGGGAGAAGGUGAAGAAUACGUGUAUCUAUAUUGAUGAGGAUGGGGUUGUUAGACAGAGGUAUCAGAAGUUACAUAUGUUUGAUGUGGAGCUGGCGAGUGGGGUGGUUUUGACGGAGAGUCGGAGCGUGGAACCUGGAAAAUCUAUUACGUCACCAUUCGAUACUCCAAUUGGAAAACUCGGUAUGUUGAUAUGCUACGACCUUCGAUUCCCUGAAAUCUCCCUCCAGCACCGCCGCCUAGGCGCCCAAAUCAUCUCAUACCCUUCAGCAUUCACCCUCCCCACCGGGAACGCAGGCCACUGGCAUACCCUCCUCCGUUCCCGAGCAAUAGAAACUCAAUCAUACGUUAUCGCACCCGCGUUAGUCGGUGUUAGUAAUUCAAAACGGAAAUCAUAUGGCCAUUCUAUUAUCAUAGAUCCCUGGGGGGAGGUUUUGGAUGAGUGCAAAGGAGUUGAUACUGAGAAUGCAGAGGAUCCCGGAGAGGACGCCGGUGGAGAAGAGGAUAUUUGUGUAGGGGAGAUUGAUUUGAGAGUUUUGGAGAGGGUUAGGAAGGAGAUGCUGCUGUUGAGGAGGACGGAUGUUUAUGGGGAAGUAUAA